AUGCCAUCCUAUGCAAAGUUCCUAAAUGAGAUCCUCUCAAACAAAAGAAUACUAGAUGACUAUGAGACAGUAGCUCUCACAGAGGAAUGCAAUGCCAUAUUACAAAACAAGCUACUUUCAAAGCUCAAAGACCCUAGAAGUUUUUCCAUACAUUGUCUAAUUUGCAACAUGAAUAUCAACAAAGCUCUUUGUGACUUAGGAGCAAGUGUCAAUUUGAUGCCCCUUUCUAUCUAUCAGAAGCUGAAUGUUGGAGAGCUAAAGCUGAUUGCAAUCUUAUUACAAUUGGCAGAUAGAUCUGUCAAAUAUCCAAUAGGCAUCCUAGAGAACAUCCCUAUAAAAGUUGGAAAAUUCUUUAUACCAGUCAACUUUGUUGUUCUAAAAAUGAAGGAAGAUGUUCAGAUUCCCAUAAUCUUAGGAAGGCCUUUAUUAGCAACUUUGGAGCAAUCACUGAUGUUAAAAAUGGGCGGUUAA